AGUAUGUUAUUAAAUCUUGAAGUAUGAUUAAUCCUUUGAAAGUUAUAAGUUGAACCUAACUGUCUUGAUAAAGUUUCAAAAAAAAGAUGAGUUGUUAACACGUCCUAACAAUAGAUAGUACUAUUAUAGCAGUGAAGCGCAAUUGAAAAUGGCUCAAAAUUUGAAAUGUAUAAGUCCAUAAGCCCAAAGAUCACUAUUAAAAUCCAAGGUCAUCAGGCUGAUAAGUUUUAGCGAUAUACUGAAAAAAGUACAAACAAUGUGCUUGUAGUAUAUUAUAAUUUAUAGCAUUUUAUAUUGUAACGGGUUUGGGUUGCUGUUUGCUUUACCAUGACGACGAAAAAAAUAUUGGAUUUGAGGUACAAUGAAAUGUGGAAGGCUUGGAAUAGCACUAAUGAAGAAGUGGAUGAUUAUUCUUCACCAUUGUUUAAACGGGAUUUGGUACUGUCAUGGAAACAGUUGAAUGUAACGGUUGUGAGGAAAAUUCCUAAACUGUUUGGUAGUAGUGAGGUAGUAACUAAACAAAUUUUGAACAAUGUUAGUGGAAAUGUUGAAUGUGGUACUCUUUUGGGAAUAAUGGGUCCAAGCGGUUCGGGAAAGACUACACUAAUGGCUACAAUAAGUCAUCGAACAAAAGGAAAUUUUAAUGGAGAACUCUUACUGAAUGGACGUUCAGUAUCUGAAGAUGUCAUGAUAAAAAUAUCUGGGUUUGUUGCUCAGGAAGAUAUAAGUUUCGUCCAAUUAACUGUUUUGGAACAACUUAAGUUGAUGGCUAAAUUAAAAAUGGAUCGGACCACAUCUGACAAAGUAAUCAAGGACCGCAUAGAUUAUCUUGCAGCUCAUUUAGGUUUGAAUAAAAUCAUAAAUUCACGUUUGUGUUUUCUCUCUGGAGGGGAACGAAAAAAAGUAGCUCUAGCUGUUCAACUUAUAAAUGAUCCACCAAUUCUAUUUUGUGAUGAAAUAACUACAGGAUUAGAUAGUUACUCUGCUGCACACAUAGUAAACACAUUAAGAAGAGUAGCACAUGGUGGAAAAAUUGUCAUAUGCACCAUACACCAACCUGCAUCUGGUUUGUUUGAUCAGUUUCAAGAAGUCAUACUUUUAACUAAUGGUCGGUUGGCUUACCAAGGAUCAGUAUCUUUGGUCAAUAAUUUUUUUCAAAAGUAUGGUUACAUUUGCCCUGCCACCUAUAACAAAGCUGACUUUAUUGUAUCAGUUUUGAAUUCAGAUGGUGUGUUGGAUAGAAACAAUGUAAACAAUAUGUGUGAACUAUCUUCAAACGUAGCACAAAUGGACAUUAAGUUUAAUUCAUUCAAUAAGGAUGUUCAGUCAGAAUAUGGGCAUCAUUUACAAGCAGAAAAACUUAGCUGGAUAACUCAAGUAUUGCUUCUGCUGUAUAUAUCCAUCAUAUGUUUUAUAAGAAAUUACAAGGAAAAGUUAUUGGAAUUUGGAACAUUAAUAUUUUUAGGUGUUAUUAAUGCUAGUCCUUAUGCAAACUUACAAUUCGAUACAAAAGCAGUUCAAAAUUGGCAAGGAUUUUGGUUAUGCUUAACUAUUAACACUGUGUUCCAAUUCAGUUAUUCGGCUAUAGCCACACAUCAAAUAAAGUUUUCAGUUGUACAUCGAGAAGUCAGCAAUAAAAUAUACUCCUUGAGUGCAUACUACGUGUCUGAAAUAAUUUUAUUAUAUGUUUGGGUAUUUAUAAAGACAGUACUCUUCUGCAUGGUCGUGUUUUGGAUUGUUGGUGUCAAUUGGGUUUAUAUGCAAUUAUUAGUGUUUAUGAUAAUCUCAUUUGCAUCAGUUUCAUAUGGAAGUCUGUUGUCAGCAUACUUUAGUCGCGUAGAGGAAGCUGUGGUAUUUUCAACAGUUUAUGAGUACUUAGCAUUGCCUCUUAGUGGUGCUUAUCUAUCAUUCAGGUCAUUACCAAAAGUGUUAUACUCACUAAGAUAUUUGUCAUUAUUUUUCCUUGGUUGUGAAACAGUGUCUUCUCUGUUUUGGGAAAGAAUUAAAUCAUUACCAUGCACUGAUGUCGCUAAUUGUUUGGACAACGGCAAAGCAGUUUUAAAUAAUUACGGUUUUGUAAGCAGUGAUUUAUAUUUUGACAUAACGAUAUUGCUUACAUUUUGUUUAUUAGCAAACAUACUCGGUUAUUUUGGUGUACUUAAAAGAAUGAAAAAGCAACCAGCUUAUUGAAACAAUAUAUUAUUUUUAAUUAAUUUUAAUACCUACUAAGAACUAAAAGUGUCAUUAUGUUUUCCUUCGCCAAUUAACUAUAUUAUUAAAACUGAACAAUAAACCAUCUUGUUUAAAAUUUGUUUGUUAUACGAAUAUAUUAUUAUAUUAUAUUAAGUUAA